AUGACUGUCCCUCAGAGGAAUCCGAUCGCACGGCGGUAUGUCGACCUCAUGAUGAUGAUUGCCAGUAAAUGGGCCAACUGGGAGCCGACAUCGACAAUCCAGUGUGGAGACUAUGGCGACAUCGACAUAGAGACUGGCUAUUUCAUAAAGGAGGGAAAUCUCUACGAAGCACCUGAAAUUGCCGAUCUUACAUCGCAGUAUCCUCCGACUUUAAAGGGAGCAGAAAAGGAUUACAAAUAUACUUCGGUAAACGCAAAGGAGGCGAAGGUAAAACCUGGUAUCAAAUGGCAAGUGGCAUCCACUCUCAGAUAUGUGGAUGACGAUACAACGGAAGGUUCACUUUUUUGCGGUCGAUGGCAGUUCAGUCAAGCGCGUGGUGCCGUCCUAAUGAUGUAUCAGUCACAAAUUACAAAAGUUCCAAGUGAGCUUCUUGAUACGCUGAAAGAAUCAGGAUGGGCGAUAGGCAAACAUAUUGUCGAGCACGUUCAUACAUGUCCUGCUUAUGCGAUUUAUAUCUCGGACAUGAGUAAAGAAGCUGUCAGCAUUGCUCUGCGCUCUGACAGACCAGAAUCUGCUGGACCGACUGGAUUGAAUUGGGUCACAUCUGGUGCUACUGGACUUUUCCGAGGAGAAAUCAGCGCGGAUAAGAACAAGUAUGUACCGUUGUACCAGCUCACCGAAAUCAGGCCGCGUGCAGGAAAGAGGCGCGAGAGUCCCGACCCAGAAAACGAUGAUAAGCUGGUAUAUUGGCAUGUCGACAUUCCGUGGGACUUCCUUGAUGACGAAGGGGAAGAAAUUCCAGAAGACAAGUUGAACGAUCCCGGCUGGGACCGUUAGCGUUCCCCACAGAGAUCCCUCUAGCAUUGUCGCGUCGAUAAGUUCUGCGUCC